UUAAUCGAGUAUGUAUCACUUACCUACAGUCGUUUUAGUUUUACAGUGCUUUUUUUCGUAUAAUUCCUUCACGGGCAACUUUCCAAUUCAUCAUGAAGUAUAUUUUUCUGAUCACAAAUUGUGUUUUGUUUACCUCUGUUUAUUGCUCUCCUCGCGUGAACACCGAAGAUGGUGGUUUGAUCGGAACUACGUACACUUUACCUAAUAAUCGGACAGUAUAUGCUUUUUUAAGCGUACCUUUCGCCGCUCCUCCAACCGGACAUCUCAGAUUCGAGGAUCCUAAACCACCGAAACGAUGGUUCGGUUAUAAGAACGCUACAAAACCUAGCCCAUAUUGCGUGCAGUUUUUCCAUACACCAGUUUUGAGUGAAAUGAUAGGUCAAGAAGAUUGCCUGUAUUUGAAUAUUUAUACUCCUAGACUGCCAAACGAUAACAACGAAGAUGAUGAAAAAUUAAUGAACGUAUUGUUUUACAUUUACGGAGGAGCGUUCUCGGCCGGAAGCUGUAGCAGGAUAAUUCCAGAUUAUAUUUUACAAGAAAAAGAUAUUCUGUUUGUUGGCUUGAAUUAUCGCGCCGGUCCUUUAGGAUUUUUCAGCACUGGAGAUGAAGUUACUCCUGGAAAUAUCGGAUUGAAAGAUAAGAUUGCAGCUUUACGAUGGGUUCAAAAGAAUAUCCAUCAUUUUGGCGGCGAUCCAGAUAAAGUUACUGUGUAUGGUUCAUCUGCAGGAGCAGCUAGCGUACAGUACUUAUUAUUGUCUGAUUUGAGCAAAGGAUUAUUCCACAAUGCUAUCUCAUCCGGUGGCGCAACCUUGGCAGCUUGGGCAUAUCCUAGGAAGAAAACUAUCGACAACUCAGUCGCUCUAGCAUCGUCUCUUGAUUGUCCUACUUUCAGUUCUCAUCUAAUGAUGCUGUGCUUGAAAAGGAAACCAAUUAGAAAACUAUACGAAGCGUCGUUUCAAUUUUUUACGGAAAAGGUCCCAUCGCAGAUACCAUUCGGUCCAGUAAUCGAGCCCGAAAGUCAAGAUGCAUUUGUAUCCGAACACCCGUACGACUUGCUGAAAAAAGGACACGUGAUAGAUGUUCCUUGGAUGGUCGGUCUAGUGGAAAAGGAAGCUUCUGUGCCAGUCAUGAAAUUUCUUACAAACGAUACCAAAAUGAAAGACUUGAAUGACAAAUGGAACCACGUAGCUCCAGACGUAUUUGCUUACGAUGAUAUAGAAUGUUCACAACGACGAGAUAAUAUAAGUACUUCGGUGAGGAAGUAUUAUUUUGAAAAUAAAGUCAUAUCUAAUCGGACUACCAAAGAAAUGUUUCAGGCUUUCGGCGAUCGAUUAUUUUACAAUGGAAUUAUCAAGUCCAUGAAAUUGCACCGUUCUGCUAUUACAGAAAAUACUAUCUUUUGUUAUAAAUUUUACUACAGAGGGACAGGCACUCAUUGCGAUCAUCAUCCAAAUCCUGUUAAGAAAAAUUAUGGAGCCUGUCACGGCGAUGAUCAAUUCUAUCUGAUCAGCUUUACCAAUCGUACUCACUACAAUGACAAUGUUAAAUCUAAAAUCGAUUUAGAUAUGGUGAAUUUAUCGACAUCGAGUGUUAUCGCAUUCAUGAAAACUGGAAACCCAAAUACUCCAGACGUAGAAUGGCAACCGCUGUCUAAGAAUGGUACAAUGAAUUGUUUGAAUAUUUACUCGUAUUCUCAUCAAAGAAUGGCGGAUGUUGAGAAUGCCAGUGCUAGCAAAUUUUGGGACGACAUUUUGCAGUCAGAAUAUUAGUAAAAUGUUGAAUUUAAUCUAAUUUUUUAAUACUUGUCAUGAACAAUUAGACAGAUGUCAAGUUAUGUAUGGUACCUAAUUAUUAAAUCUAUAAAUUCCGUAAGUA